UGUUGCGGGCUGUAGCGCGUGGACGGCCGUGGGGCCUUGGGCGCGCGCGGGGUCUCUGGCGGUGGGUCAGGACCUGCGGGUCGCCUCCGCUGGUGCUGAAGGCUCCUGUGUGCACACUUUCCCCUCAGCACUUGGGACGACCUAAUUUCACUGUUAGGAACGGUUGAUCCCGAAUACAGGAGGGAGGGUAAAUAUCGUAAAACAUGUUGGACGCUAGCUGUAUGCACGCCCCCUGGGAGCCAAAAGGGCGAAGUAAAACAUGCACACGACCGUAAUGAGAUUCUGAUUCAGUGAUGGGGAGGCGUGUUUAGCAGUGGAGUGGUAGCAAAGUGUCUCAAGAACAUGGAAGACCGAAUCUCGCUUUGUUGUCCAGCCUGGAGUGCAGUGGCGCCAUCUCGGCCCACUGAAACCUCCACCUUCCGGGUUCAAGCGAUUCUCCUGCCUCAGCCUCCCGAGUAGCUGAGAUUACAGGCGCCUGCCACCACGCCCAGCAUGCUGAUCCCAUUUUCAAUGAGGAAUUGCUUCCAGUUACUUUGUGACUGCCAGGUCCCAGCAGGUGGCUUUAAAAAAAUAGUAAAAAAUGGGCUGAUUUUACAGUCAGUUUCCAAUGAUGUCUAUCAAAAUCUGGCUGUGGAAGACUGGAUCCAUGACCAUAUGAAUCUAGAAGGCAAACCAAUUCUAUUCUUUUGGCGGAAUUCUCCCUCUGUUGUAAUUGGUAGGCAUCAAAAUCCUUGGCAGGAAUGUAACCUGAAUCUAAUGAGAGAAGAAGGUAUAAAACUGGCUCGGAGAAGAAGUGGAGGAGGAACAGUCUACCAUGAUAUGGGUAAUAUCAAUUUGACUUUCUUUACAACCAAAAAAAAGUAUGAUAGAAUGGAAAAUCUGAAAUUAAUUGUGAGAGCUCUGAAUGCUGUCCAACCCCAGCUGGAUGUGCAGGCUACCAAAAGAUUUGACCUUUUACUUGAUGGGCAGUUUAAAAUCUCAGGAACAGCUUCUAAGAUCGGCCGGACUACUGCCUAUCACCAUUGCACUUUAUUAUGCAGUACUGAUGGGACGUUCUUGUCUUCUUUGCUAAAGAGCCCUUACCAAGGGAUCAGGAGCAAUGCCACUGCUAGCAUACCUUCCUUAGUGAAAAAUCUUUUGGAAAAGGAUCCCACUCUGACCUGUGAAGUACUAAUGAAUGCUGUCGCUACAGAGUAUGCUGCUUAUCAUCAAAUUGAUAAUCACAUUCACCUAAUAAACCCAACGGAUGAGACACUGUUUCCUGGAAUAAAUAGCAAAGCCAAAGAACUGCAAACUUGGGAGUGGAUAUAUGGCAAAACUCCAAAGUUUAGUAUAAAUACUUCCUUUCAUGUGUUAUAUGAACAGUCACACUUGGAAAUUAAAGUAUUCAUAGACAUAAAGAAUGGAAGAAUUGAAAUUUGUAAUAUUGAAGCACCUGAUCAUUGGUUGCCAUUGGAAAUACGUGACAAAUUAAAUUCAGGUCUUAUUGGCAGUAAGUUUUGCCCAACUGAAACUACCAUGCUAACAAAUAUAUUACUUAGAACAUGUCCACAAGACCACAAACUACACAGUAAAUGGAAUAUUCUCUGUGAAAAAAUUAAGGGAAUAAUGUGAUUCCAAGUAAAUAUCUUAAUACAGUUUCAAUUAGAAAAUAAAAUGUCUCAUAGUUGCA